AUGAACAUGGUGGCAAAUGCGUGCGAGCUGCAGCAGCGGGAGCACGCGAUUCUCGAGGGUCGACGCCAGCAGCAGCUUAACGAACGUCGCGCACGUCGCAAUGAGCGGAAGGGCGGUCAGUCGAACCGGACACUAAUGCCACCGACGACUCUGUCAGAUAUUGAGGCCAUCACUGCUCGACCUGUCUAA